GAAGGGAUUUUUACGGCUUUGAUUUGCUUCGUUUCUCCUUCUCGCAUCUCCAUCUCGACUCUCGAGACCCCAUCCAUCAUCAUCAUCAGCAUCAUCAUCUUCUUGAUCGGUCGCUAUCAGACCCUUCAUCCCAUUGACACUCAGUUUGAAACCUUUCUGACCUUUUUCAUUCAUCCCUGGACCUAGAACAGGUUGUUCUCUCAAUUCCUUGACCCCGCCCUAUCGAUAAGGGUUUUUUUUUUCUUUUUUUUUUUUUUUUCCAACGACCAUUCCAACUUUCUCCCCCCACCCAAGCAAAAAGAAGGCUCUCGUUUCGCCCCCGCUAUUUUUAUUUUCUGAUCCACCUUUCUCUCGUCGAGUUCAUUUUUUCCCACCUACAACUCGCCUUCACGACACACGCUUCAUCUCCCCUUGAUUUUCGACACCUUUGAUACCCCCUCCCUUAGUCUACGUUCACACUCAAAAUGGUGUCCGCUUCUAAAGCUGCUCGCAUGGCCAAGCGUGCCGCCGAUGGCGAUAAGAAGAAGCUCGGCAAGUCCAAGAAGGAUGCCGUCGCCGAGGACUCCCCCGCUGUCGAUUCCGAUGGCACUGCUACUCCUGCUGAGGACCAGCCGGCCACCACCGACGCCAAGAUGAAGGAGGUCGAGAAGCUCACAGCACAGAUGGAUAAGCACGGUCUGUCAGAUCGUGUCACCACCGGUGUGCUCUCCUCCAUGGCCUCUUCUCGCGAUGUCAAGAUCACCUCCACUUCCCUGGUGUUCCACGGCAAAGUCCUUAUCACCGACUCUACACUUGAACUGAACUUCGGUCGUCGUUACGGUCUCCUGGGUGAGAACGGCUGCGGAAAGUCUACCCUGCUCAAGUCUAUCUAUCAACGCGAAUUCCCUAUCCCCGAACAUAUCGAUAUCUAUCUUCUUAACGAAGGUGCCCCUCCCAGCGAGCUUGGUGCCCUCGAGUGGGUUGUCACUGAGGCACAGAACCAGCUGGACCGCAUGGAGAAGCAGGCUGAAGAGAUUCUGGAAAAGGAUGGUCCUGAGAGUCCCAUCCUUGAGGAUUUGUACGACCGUAUGGAUAAAAUGGACCCCUCUACUUUCCACACUCGUGCUUCUCUCAUUCUCACCGGUCUCGGUUUCAACAAGAAGACUAUUGACAAGAAAACCAAGGACAUGUCCGGUGGUUGGCGUAUGCGUGUGGCUCUUGCCAAAGCUCUUUUCGUCAAGCCUUCUCUGCUCCUCCUGGACGACCCUACUGCUCACUUGGACCUGGAGGCGUGCGUGUGGCUUGAAGAGUACCUGAAGAAGUGGGAACGCACCCUGGUUCUGGUCUCCCACUCUCAGGAUUUCUUGAACGGUGUCUGUACCACCAUGAUCGACAUGCGCAUGAAGCAGCUUCUGUACUACGGUGGUAACUACGACUCCUACCACAAGACCCGCGCUGAACAGGAAACCAACCAGAUGAAGGCCUACAACAAGCAGCAGGAAGAAAUUGCCCACAUCAAGAAGUUUAUUGCUUCCGCUGGUACUUACGCCAACUUGGUGCGUCAGGCCAAGUCCCGUCAAAAGAUUCUGGACAAGAUGGAGGCCGAUGGUUUCAUCCAGCCCGUUAUCCCCGACAGAGUCUUCAGCUUCCGCUUUGCCGAUGUGGAGAAGCUACCUCCUCCGGUUCUGUCCUUCGAUGACGUUUCCUUCUCCUACUCUGGAAACUGGGAGGACACCCUCUACGAGCACCUGGACCUUGGUGUCGACAUGGACUCCCGAACCGCCCUCGUCGGUCCCAACGGUGUUGGCAAGUCCACUCUGCUGCGUCUCAUGACCGGAAAGCUCUCUCCCAUUGGUGGUCGUAUCAGCCGUCACACCCACUUGAAGCUCGGCGUGUACAGUCAGCACUCCGCUGAGCAGCUCGAUCUUACUAAGUCUUCCCUGGAGUUUGUCCGUGAUAAGUUCCCCGAGAAGAGUCAGGAUUACCAGUACUGGCGUCAACAGCUCGGCCGUUACGGUCUAUCUGGUGAAUCCCAAACCGCCCUUAUGGGUACCCUGUCGGAAGGUCAGAAGUCCCGUAUCGUCUUCGCCCUGCUCGCUAUUGAGAGCCCCAACAUGAUUCUCCUCGACGAACCGACCAACGGUUUGGAUAUCCCUACCAUUGACAGUUUGGCCGAUGCCAUCAACGCCUUCAGUGGUGGUGUUGUCGUCGUCUCCCACGACUUCCGUCUCCUGGACAAGAUUGCCAAGGACAUCAUGGUGUGCGAGCACAAGACCAUCAGCCGUUGGAAUGGCAGCAUUGGUGAAUACAAGGACCACCUGCGCAAGAAGAUGCUUUCCGCGGGUGCUGUCUAAACCCCUUCGUAUGGAGAUAAAAACAAAAGGGAAUCGGUAGAAAUCAUUUCUUCUUUCUACUUAUGACUGGGCAUGCUAGAGAUGAAGAUGACGAUGCAAAUAAAAAAAAAAAAAAACAACUGGAAGAGGAAAAAGGUUUGACAGGACUCGGGAGUGAUGAACCGUCCCGGGUGAUCCAUAUUCAGGGGAAAUGACUAGCCUGCCUUACCGCGCGGCGUUGUCCCCUUGUGCUUUCUCGCUUCUGGAGAUAUUAUUUGCUUUUUAUUCCUUACUGGGUGCUUUUAGAUGGCAUGUUUCAUACCUCAUCCCCCACUAGACUUGAGCGUUGGAGGGUUGAAUUUGAUCCGGAUAUGUUUUUUUUUUUUUUUUUUUUU